UCAACACCAGACAAACUAGAAAAGUGACAGACAAAGAGCAGCUUAGCCACUGUAGAGAUUUCUCAUUUGGUGAAUCAGAAGAAAGACAUAUAGGAUGCCUACUGCAAGCACAUUGAAGCUCAUCAAAGAAGCAUGGCACAGGGAUAUGUAACUAAAGGUACUGUACAUACCUGUUUUCCUCUCCCAUUGGCUGCCUGUGAAACAAUUAAUAUGUCUGCUGUCAGAGUGAAAGUGGCUGUGAGGACACGUCCCAUGAACCGCAGGGAGAAUGAUCUUAAAUCCAGUUGUGUUGUCCAAGUGAAAGGCAACCAGAUAUUUUUAAUGCCUCCUCUCAGUUACAAGGAAGACCAUGUGAAGGUAAAAAAGGAAUUCACUUUUGACCAUUGCUUUUGGUCUGUAGAUGAAAAACAUGCAGGACAAGAGGAGGUUUUCGGUGCUCUUGGCUCAGAACUCAUUGAUAAUGUCUUCAAGGGGUUCAAUGCUUGCAUAUUUGCCUAUGGACAAACUGGAUCGGGAAAAUCAUUCUCAAUGAUGGGAACUGAUGAACAACCAGGUCUCAUUCCAAUGAUCAGCUCUGAGUUAUUUAAGAGAGAAAACAAUGACUCCAGGCAACUGAGAGUGGAAGUUUCUUUCAUGGAAAUAUACAAUGAAAAGGUGAGGGAUCUAUUGCAGUCAAAAGAAAAACAAAAGCUGCUCAAAGUUCGGGAAAGCAAACAGUUUGGCCCAUAUGUGGAGGGUUUAUCUCACCAUACAGUCACCAGCUAUGAAAGUAUUAACUGUCUGGUGUUAAAAGCCAAUAAACAUAGGACUACUGCUGCUACGAACAUGAAUGAUGAAAGCAGUCGCUCACAUGCUAUCUUCUCAAUAACCGUAAGUCAAAUCCAUAUUAACCAUAGUGCUGGUUCCACAAGGGAAUUAACUGGCAAAAUUAGCCUUGUGGAUUUAGCAGGAAGUGAGAGGGUUUCUAAAACUGGAGCGGAAGGAGAGCAUCUAAAGGAAAGUAAAAAUAUAAAUAAGUCCCUCACGGCCCUUGGCAGGGUUAUAUUUACCUUGUCAAACAUGUCCGAGGGGAAAACAAGCUAUGUAAAUUAUAGAGAUUCUGUUCUCACAUGGCUACUUAAAAACAAUUUAGGAGGCAACAGCAAAACAGUCAUGCUUGCCACCAUUAGCCCCGCUGCAGAUAAUUACCAUGAGACUCUAUCCACUUUAACCUAUGCUGAUAGUGCUAAAAGGAUAGUCAAUCAAGCAGUAGUAAAUGAGGACACCACGUGUAAAGCUAUUGGAGAGUUACAAGAAGAGGUAAGGAUCCUCAAGGAAAAGUUAAACCAAGCUGAGAACAUGCACAGAGAUUUGCAAGAACUUCAAUGCAAGCUUAGAGAAAAGGAAGAUCUUCUAGAAGAAUUAAACAUAAACUGGGAAGAAAAACUUCAGAACUUUGAGGCUACACAAGAGAGGCAGAAACAUUUGGAUAGUAUGGGCAUCACAGUGGAGCAACUGGGGAUUAGGAUAGACCCUACGAAAAGCUAUCUUUUCCCCGUUAGUCACCAUGCAGAUCAUAAGUAUUUAUUUUAUUAUUUAAAAGAAAGUACCACUGUUGGCGCUGGACCUUCUCAGGAUAUCCAUCUAACUGGCCCUGGAAUUGAGAUAGAUCACGGUGUAAUUAAUGUGCUAGAGGGCUUUGUGACUUCCAAAGAAAAUGCUCUGACCUAUGUCAAUGGCCAACUAGUCCAGAAAAGCACCGACCUAUGGGAUGGGGAUAAAGUAACUCUUGGAAGCUACACUUUUAUGAUUCAUCUGCCGCACAGAAAGAGAACAGAGUCUGUAAAUAAUUAUAUGGAAGGACAUCUAGGAACUGACUCUCUCAGCUUUACUCAGCUCCAUGGAAACGAUUUAUUACAUGAUAGUUUAAUUGAUUAUCCAAGUUCUCCAGAUUUCAAACAGAUCUAUACCCAUCCUAUGACUGAUAAAAUAUCAAAUAUACUGGAAAGAUCUGUAAAACUGGAAGCUCAAGAUCACAUCUAUUCUUCUGUAUGUAAGAGUUCUGUUAUGGACAAAAACAUCAACUCAGGCUUACAAAAUCAAGCGAUUGAUUCUGAGAGUAUUGCCUCUUUUCAAGAACCACUGAGAAUGCAGAGCAAUGACACCAUCUCAGACCAACAGGAAUUUCCACAUUGCUCACUGUUGCGUAGGGAACAGAUAAGUGAGGACACAGGACUGUCUCUGAAGCUCUUCUACUGGGAUAAAACCUUUGAUGUUUCAUGGCUGGCGGAGCAGCUGAAGAACAGUCUCCUUAUGCCCAUUACAGGGGUGUCCUUCAUUCCACUCUCAGUUACUUCUGAGGAUGAAUGGAAAGCAGCAGCAGACAGAAAUUCUGUGAUAGUCAUGUGCCACUCCCCAAGAUCCGGCAAACCCAGAGAUUAUCUAAACCCAUAUAUGGAAUAUUUUAUGAAGACAUGGGGUCCCAGUAAAAUAACCAUGAUAAUUAUUGACCUGGAUAAUGACCCUCUUACUGGUGUGGAGUGGAGGAAUUGGUGGUAUAAAAGUCCAUUUGCUCAGUGUAAUCUUCAGCUGUUCACAACGGAGGAGAUGGAUGAAAAAAGAAGGCCAGAACAUAAGAGCAAAGAUCUGAAAGAAAGACAAAGACCACAGAUGAACAUGAGCAGGGUUUCUUGUCAAGAGGCAACACAAUUAAAGCUACCAUCACAGCGGGGUCUAGUGGUUGGAAUUUGCUCCAAAGAACCAAAGAAUCACCAAUGGCUGGAAGAUCUUCUGAAAACGGAAAGGUUCAAGCAAAACAUCAAAUAUAUUCAGUCGAUCCAAAUCUCAAGUGAUAUCUCUCAGUUCCAAAAAGAUAUUUCUAAUUGUACAUUUUGUAUACUGUACCACUCUGGUAAACAGGGGGCACCGAAAACCACCAAUGGGCUGUUUGAUGAUGAACUGGAAACCAUGUCUCAUAUAUUUGAAAAAAGGAGGAUCAUUGCGGUGACGGGAGAUCUGGAGGAUAGCAGUGGUAGAGUGAAGAGAAGAAUGCAACAUACUCAGACAAACAUCAUGAAUUUCACUUGUAGACUUACCCUUUUCAAUAGCAGACAAAUAGAUUCCAUUAUAAAGGGUCAUAUAAUCUCUAGGAGUGUAAAAAGGAAGCUGGACAAACUCCAAAAAUCUCUAACAGAAGCCAGUAACGGAAUCUAUAUUUCCCUUCCGUCAUCUGCAAAGUUGGACACGCUUGCAAUCUGCUCCAGAGAUUCCAGGGAGAACUAUCAGUGGAUAGAGCAAUUUCUGAGAAACAAGAACCCUUGUAGACAUGUCAGUUCCAUCUACAUCUCCAAUGACUUUGGCCAGUUCUGCAAGGAGAUCUCCAGAUAUAGUUGUGUCAUCUUGUAUCACACAAAGAAUCGAGGAAGAAUAAAAAUUACCAAUGUGUGCGACUCGCUCUAUGAUAAAGAAUUGGAAUUUAUGAAUUCAGUAUUAGGAAAGAAUAAAAUCAUUGUGGUGGUGGAUGAUCUAGACGACAGCAGUGAUGAAGAAAAGGACAGAAUCCUUAGGAAUCAGCCAAACAUUGGUGACUGGGCUUGCGGUCUGUUUCUCUUCAACACCAAGGAGAAAAGCUCCAGGCUUUAUGGAUCACACAAUAAAGAUGUUAUAGUGAAGCUGGAGAGAUUAUGUGAACUCUUACAGUAAGGUAUUACCAGCAGCAGUGAACGUUUCUACCACAUACAAUAAAUCUUCUUUAUUACAAUGGUAUCUCCCACAUAAUUUGGUAUCUCCAAAUAUUCUUCCUUACAUAUAAUAUGCCACAUAACAUACAGACUCACCAGUCUAUAGAAAGGAAGAAACAAAAAAUGAGUUACUUGCCUCUACCAACAAACAUAACAUAUACAGAAAUGUAAAAGUUGCCUUUGCCGCCAUAGUUCCCCCUGUGACUCUUCCAGUGUAAAUGUUAAAACAGAAUUAGCUCUGGAUUUGCCAGGCCCAAGUCUGUGAUGCCUUUUGACAUAAUAAACUUUGGGAAUCACCAUCAUUUACAGUAUAUGGUGGCAGUAGCUCCAGGUUUUCCCAGUGUCAGUAAGGGGCUG